AUGGUGGACCUCGCUAUCGAGGGUGUGCCAGAUGGACAAGCAAUUGAAGUAACCGGUUUCACAAACGACACUACUCGUCCACACCUGGAAGAGUUUAGUCUGAUUGAUAUAACACCUGGCACCGUCAUGCUGUCCUUCUCUGAGACUGUUAAUGCUUCAUCACUGAACUUUGCUGAGGUCGUGCUUCAAACCUUGUACAUCAGAGACUUCCUAGCAAUGGUCCAACUUACAGGUGGCUCUACCAACGAUUCUGACUCAGACAUCAUAGAGUUUACCUUUGAAACUGCCGAUCUAUACCGAAUUCAAGCCAAUGAACACUUGUGCACACAUCAAGGAAAUUGCUACAUUUCAUUCUCACAAGAGUUUGUAACUGAUAUGGCUGGCAAUCCAGUUGCAGAAAUCACUGACGAUGCUCCAGGUUAUGUUGCCAUGGACUUCAAUCACGACCGAAUCCCACCUGAGCUCAUAGAAUUCUCACUGAAUUUGGAGAACGGAACUCUGCUUUUGACAUUCAAUGAGUCUGUGCGAGCAUCAUCCCUGGAUGUCACUGGAAUUACUAUCCAAGCCAGUGAAAAUACCACUGACCCAGCUCUCUAUUACACACUCAGAGACAGUUCAACUACCAGCAGUGAUGGACCAAUCAUUGAGAUUGUGUUGAGUGAAGUGGACAGUAAUGGAAUCAAGGGUUCUCUAUUUGCAAACACAGAGAACGAUACCUAUCUUUCACUCUCACCUCACGCCAUAACUGACACUGCAUUUGAUCCAAACCCUGUAGUUGAAAUACCAAGGGACAUGGCUCUUCAGGUGACCCAAAAUGGACUGGCUGUUGACGAGUCACGGCCUGACCUGUUGGAAUACACACUCGACAUGACCAGCUGA